AUGGCUCUCCAAGGUCUGUUUUCACCAUUCCUAGCUACUGCACCUCCUCGCAUGCCUCUUCCUUUAGCAAGGAAUGCUUCUAAAGUUCGUUCUACCAAACCAGUUCAGUGCAUUACAACUCCGGUCACUACUAUUGACCGCGAUGAAGGUUCAGCCUCCAGAAGAAGUGCUAACUAUGCACCAAGCUGUUUCUGGGACUACAAUCUUGUCAAGUCACUUUCCAGUAAUUAUGAUGAAAAGAAAUAUGUAAGCCAGGUGGAUGAGUUGAAGGAAGAUAUCAGAGGUCUCAUUCAUGCAGAAACUGAUGUUCCAUUAGCCAGGCUUGAGUUGCUGGACUCUGUUCAAAGGCUUGGGUUGAAUUGUCUGUUCCAGGAAGAUAUAAAGCAAUCAAUUGAUGCUCUUUGUAAGGCUGAUUCAGGAUUGGACGAUGACCUUCAUUUAACAGCUCUACGGUUCAGGAUUCUCCGGGAGCAUGGAUAUUCCGUGUCACAAGACGUGUUCCAGAAGUUUACAGAUGAAACAGGUCAUUUCAAGGACACUCUGCGUGAGGAUUUGAAGGGGUUGCUCAGCUUGUAUGAAGCAUCUUUCUUUGGGUGUUUUUACGCUUAUGUCCUCCGAAAAGCCACCGUAUUUACUGAGAAUGGCCUUAUUUCGAUGGAAGAUGCUGUUGAUGAUUGUGGAGGUAGUGAGAAGAAACGAAGAAAAGAUUCGCUCCUGUCUAAUGUUUUUAGUUAUGGACUUGAAAUGAUGAAAGAGAAUAGAAGUCCUCGGAAAUCCAAAGUUGUGUUGGGCAGUGAUUUAACAGAGGAGUACUUUAAGAAGAUAGUUGAUGAAGAAUAUAGUUCUAUUAGAGACACUCCUCAUGUUGAUUCUUCGGAAAGACAUGGGAUCUCUGAUUUUGGAUCCAUGAAAGAGAAUAUGUUCCAGUCUAGAUUAACAUCAUUGUCCUCAAGCAAAUCUAAACCAUGUGAUAAUACAUUGAGUAGGAGAAGGUCUGUUCUGUCUCCAAUAUGUCCAAACACCCUGUUAAGCGGAAGUUCCAGAACCCCUCUCCAUAUUCAAUCAGAAUUAAAGAAAAAGGGUAAAGGUUUGAAGUUAUCCGGUAAGAAGAGAACAGUGGAACAUCCUGCCAAAAACAAAACCAUUAACAGAUUACAAAUAAAAAGGGAUUGGCGAUUGCAAGAAAAUUAA